GGUGCAAAGCCGUCGUGCGCAGUUCGGCCGUCCGAGCUGCGGAGUGAUGGGGCUGUGUCCGGGCGUACUUAGCAGGGAGUCAUCCACUUAUUUUCUACCUUUUUUUGGUUCAAUUUAGAAAUUAAAAUCUAAGACUGUACCUUUAAGAUGACUCCAGUUUGUCAGUCAUCCUCCAUACAGCUCUGUUUAUAAUGAGGCGAGUUUCUCUUUUCCAGGUUUACAAGACAAAUGCCAUUUAAACAGUUUCAUCUGUCAUGGAAAAACGGGAGACAUUUGUACAGGCGGUGUCUAAGGAGCUGGUUGGAGAGUUUUUGCAAUUUGUUCAGCUUGAUAAAGAUGCCUCUGAUCCUUUUAGCCUAAAUGAGUUAUUAGAUGAAUUGUCAAGAAAACAAAAAGAAGAAUUAUGGCAAAGACUGAAGAAUUUAUUAACAGAAAUGUUGCUGGAAAGCCCAGUGGAUGGGUGGCAGAUAGUAGAAGUCCAGGAUGAAGAUAAUAUGGAAACAGAGCAAAGUCCAAAAAUGAAAAAAAACAUAGAGAUAAUCCACGCAGUUACGUCUGUGAUUCUGGCUUCUGUCUCUGUGAUAAAUGAAAAUGAGAACUAUGAGGCCCUCCUGGAAUGUGCUGUAAUACUAAAUGGCAUUUUGUAUGCGUUGCCAGAAUCUGAGCGGAAACUGCAGAGCUCCAUACAGGCCCUGUGUGUCAGGUGGUGGGAGAAGGGCCUGCCUGCCAAGGAAGACAUGGGGAAGACGGCUUUUGUCAUGCUGCUGAGGAGGAGUCUGGAGACCAAAGCCGGUGCAGAUGUGUGUCGGCUCUGGCGUGUUCAUCAAGCUUUAUAUUGCUUUGAUUAUGACUCAGAGGAGAGUAGAGAAAUUAAAGAUAUGCUGCUUGAGUGUUUCAUAAAUGUUAGUUACAUCAGGAAAGAAGAGGGAAGAAGAUUUCUUAGUUCUCUCUUCAAUUGGAAUGUAAACUUUAUUAAAAUGAUUCAUGGAACCAUUAAAAACCAGUUGCAGGGAUUACAAAAAUCAUUGAUGGUGUACAUUGCAGAAAUUUAUUUCAGAGCUUGGAAGAAGGCUUCAGGGAGAAUAUUAGAGACUAUCGAAAAUGACUGCAUCCAGGAUUUGAUGUUCCAUGGCAUCCACCUUCCCAGGAGGUCUCCAGUGCACACCAAAGUACGGGAGGUGCUGAGUUACUUUCAGCAUCAAAAGAAUGUUCGGCAGGGAGUGGAAGAGAUGCUGUAUAGAUUAUAUAAGCCCAUCCUUUGGCGAGGACUAAAGGCCAGGAACUCUGAAGUUCGAUCAAAUGCUGCAUUGUUGUUUGUUGAGGCAUUUCCUGUUCGAGAUCCUAACUUCCAUGCGAUGGAGAUGGAUAGUGAAAUUCAGAAACAAUUUGAAGAACUUUAUAGUCUUCUAGAAGAUCCUUAUCCGAUGGUCCGUUCCACAGGAAUCCUUGGUGUUUGUAAAAUAACAUCUAAGUACUGGGAAAUGAUGCCACCCACCAUUCUCAUUGACCUCCUGAAGAAAGUAACUGGGGAGCUGGCAUUUGAUACCAGCUCAGCUGAUGUGCGCUGCUCUGUCUUUAAGUGCCUGCCAAUAAUUUUGGAUAACAAACUGAGCCACCCUUUAUUGGAACAGCUGCUGCCAGCACUCAGAUACAGUCUCCAUGACAACUCAGAGAAAGUACGUGUGGCUUUUGUGGAUAUGCUGCUGAAAAUCAAAGCUGUACGAGCUGCAAAGUUUUGGAAAAUAUGCCCCAUGGAGCACAUUUUGGUUCGUCUGGAAACAGAGUCUCGACCUGUAUCUAGACGCCUGGUGAGCCUCAUCUUCAACUCCUUCCUGCCUGUGAACCAGCCGGAGGAGAUCUGGUGUGAACGCUGUGUCACGCUGAUCCAGAUGAAUCCUGCAGCUGCCCGGAGGUUCUAUCAGUAUGCCCACGAGCACACCGCCUGCACCAACAUAGCAAAGCUGAUCCAUGUUAUUCGCCACUGCUUGAACGCCUGUAUGCAGAGGUCAUUACAAGAGCUUCCACAGGACCAGGAGGAGCGGGAGAAGGAAAACGUGAGCGUUCUGGACAAAACACUGUCAGUAAAUGAUGUUGCAUCCAUGGCAGGUUUAUUAGAAAUCAUUGUGAUUCUCUGGAAGAGCAUCCAUAGAAGUCUGGAAAAUAAUAAAGAGGCCAAAGUUUAUACUGUUAACAAGUUCGCCUCUGUGCUUCCAGAGUACCUGAAAGUAUUUAAGGAUAAUCGCUGCAAGGUCCCUUUGUUCAUGCUGAUGUCCUUUCUGCCAGCAUCUGCCGUCCCUCCAUUCAGCUGUGGGGUGAUCUCCACCUUGAGGAGCCAGGAGGAGGGCGCUGUGGACAAGAGCUACUGCACCUUGCUGGACUGCCUGUGCUCCUGGGGACAGGUGGGGCAUGUCCUAGAGCUCAUCGAGGACUGGCUACCGGUGGAGCAGCCACAGGCCAAGAAUAAGCGUAAAGUACAGAUCCAGGACACACGCCCAGUGAAGCCCGAGUUGGCCUUAGUCUACAUGGAGUACUUGCUAUCCCAUCCAAAGAACCGAGAAUGUCUACUCUCUGCACCCAGGAGGAAACUUAACCAACUUUUGAAAGCACUUGAGAUGUCAAAGGCAGAUCUGGAGUCACUUCUGCAGUCACCAGGUGGGAAGUCCCCGAACUUCAGUGAGUCUGCUGCCCUGAAAGCCUUCAGCCUCCACUGCCGGCUGAGCAUCCAUCUUGAGCACAAGAUGUGCUCUGAAGGGAAAGUCCAUCUAUCUGUCUUGGAAGACACUGGGUUUUGGUUAGAAAGCAAGGUUUUGGCUUUAAUUCAAGACCAAGAAGAAGAACACCUGAAGCUCCGCAGGGUUGUUUAUCAGCAAAUCAUCCAGACCUACCUGACCGUGUGUAAAGACGUUGUUAUGGUUGGCCUUGGAGAUCCGAAGUUUCAGAUAAAGCUUCUACAGCGGAGUCUUACGAUCAUGCAAACAGUAAAAGGAUUUUUUUAUGUGUCUUUACUUCUUGGCAUUCUGAAAGAGGUCACUGGAAGUUCUUUGAUUCAGAAAAGAGAUUCAGAUGAAGAAAUUACAGUGCUGUUUGAUACAGUCCAGAAAGUAUUUCAGAAAAUGUUGGAAUGCAUGGCACGGAGCUUCAAGAAGCAACCGGAAGAAGGCCUGCGGCUCCUGUAUUCUGUGCAGAACCCGCUUCAUGAGUUCAUAGCCACUGUGCAGACACGGCAUGAAGAUAGCCCUGUCCACCGGGGUGUGCUUUCCACCCUGAUCGCUGCACCUGUGGUCGAGAUCAGCCACCAGCUGCGGAAGGUUUCUGAUGUAGAAGAGCUAACCCCACCGGAGUAUCUUUCUGACCUUCCACCGUUUUCAAGGUGUUUAAUAGGAAUAAUAAUGAAGUCUUUGAACGUGGUCAGAUCAUUUCUGAGUGAGUUGAAGGCAUGUGUGACAUCCGGCGAUAUUGAAGGCAUUGUGUGCCUUACUGCAGUUCUGCACAUUAUUUUGGUUAUUAACAAAGGUAAACACAGAAGUUCAAAAGUGAAGGAGGCUGCAGCUACUGUCCACAGAAAGCUAAAGAUGUUCAUGGAGAUCACUUUGGAAGAAGAUAGCUUUGAAAGAUUUCUCUAUGAGUCAUCCAUGAGGACUUUGGGAGAGUUUCUGAAUUCCUGAUGAAGACCCCAUCUUUGGAUUUGUAGACGUAGGAAAAGGACUCACAGAAGUGAAGUGUGUGUGUGUGUGUGUUUCUGGCUGUUAAUGCUGAUAAUAGGGUAGGAUGGGAAGUGGGCGUGAGCUGAGAACUCUGAAGUUCCCAAAGGUUUGCUCAGUGCCUGUGUAGAUAAUAUAUUUAAUAUAGAAGAUUCUAGGUGCCAAUGGUGCCGAAAUCAUGGUGCAGAGAAAAAAGGACACUUUUCCAACAAAUUUGGUUAUUUUAAAAAUGACUUUUUAUAUGUAUACGCUAUUUCUUGGAGACAACGAGUAAUAAAGCAGUGACAGCCUGUUUGUGUGCUUCA